AUGGGGGUCCCCCUUCUGGCCUUACCCCAGGAAGUCAUUUUGCUCAUCACAAGCCAACUGACCAACUCCGAUCUGUUCCAUCUCCUUCAAGUGAAUCACAUGCUAUACAAUCUCUUGAUAGCUGACCUCUGCAUGCGAGAUAUCAUAUCUACCGGUGGCCGGGCUUUACUUUGGUGCGCACAGCGCGGGGCGAGAUCUGGGGUUCUGAACAUGCUCGAGGCCGGCGCAGACGUGAACUUCAGACCUCACGAUCGCUCUACAAGACCAGCGCUCCAGGUUGCCGUGGACAACAAGAACACAGCAUUAGUGGAGCUACUUCUGGACAGGGGGGCGAAUCCAAAUGAGCCUGGAUCAGACGGAUACGAUCCUCGCAUCUUGGAAGGAGCCAUUCAAAGGUCGGGGAAAGAUGAUCUUGAAAUGAUAACGCUACUUUUGGAUUACGGGGCCGAUCCCAACUUUCGUGGUAACCCUAAAAUGUACCCUCCGCUCUAUAUUGCAACAAGCCUCUGGCAUACCAGCAAAAUAGCAUUGUUACUCGCUCGAGGCGCCGCCAUAUCUGACCCGGUCUUCACAAAGGCGCAGCACCCGCUACAUACUGCGGCAUUGCGAUCGGAAGCUGGCAUGAUAAAAUUGUUGGUGGAUGCUGGCUGUGAAGUGGGUAUUCGAGACCUAUAUGGGAAGACAACUCUUAUGCAGGCAGCUGAGCAUGCGUCCAAAGAAACCGUGCAAAUGCUUUUGGAUUUGGGCGCCGAUCCCCAUCUCAAGCAACCUGAUAGAAGCAAUGCGUUGUUCGGGGCGCUUUUGAACAAAGACAAAACACAAUCUAUCGCGAUUACUCGGCUCUUGUUGGACCGUGGAGUAGAUGUGAGUGCUAGGGAUAACAGUCAGCGGACUCCUCUUCUUCAUGCUUUGUUCCACUCUGGCUCCGAUCUAUGUUUGGGAAACAUGGACGCGCUGGUAGAAUUUGGUGCAGAUAUCUCUGCACAAGACGAGGAGGGGAGAAGUGUUCUUCACUACGUUGCUAAGCAGGCAAAGCCGGCUGUGGUUAAAUGGAUUUGUAGUCUUGGCGCUGAUGUGAACCGGUGCGACAGCCUUGAUGAAACCCCGAUAUUUUACGUUCUUCAAAGCUCUGCACACUCAAGCAAAGCCGCCACAGUACGGAUACUUCUUGAUCAAGGCGCCGAUGCAAACCAUAUCAAUAUGCUUGGACAGACUCCUCUCAUGUUCGCUGCAAGCACGUGGUCUGUAGAGUCUGCGCGACUUCUCAUUAAACAUGGAGCAAAUGUGCACUGCAAAGACUUGGAAGGAAAGACACCUUUGCACUGGUUUGCCACUGCAAAUUAUCCCUCGCCUACUGACGACCCCCAGAGUCUCAUUGGACUCUUCAUCUCAAGUGGAGUAGAAGUGAACGCACGAACUCCUGCCGGGGUGACCGCACUGUCAAUGAUCAGUGAUCUACGCCCCAUAAUGAAAAAGCCGAAGAAUUUCCUGAUCCAAAAAGGUGCCACUACAUAA